GAAAUAUGUGGUGUGAGAGAGAGAGCUGUAUCAAAAAGUGUGUCGCAAGAGAUGGUCGCUGGGUGUUGUUAAUUUGUUGUGAAUUCAUUGUUGUAAAUAUAAAUAUUUUAUGGUCGAGUGAUAAAAUCUGCUGCGCAGUGCUACCUAACCUCAUUUUAUAAAUUAUACAAUUUAUCUGAUCUUGGAUUGUGCUAUUGAUAUUUGUAAAGAAAAUGGCACAGUGGAUAGGAUAUAUGGUCUCAAUUAAGUGCAGCGAUGACAACGCUUAUCAAGGUGAAAUUAGUGCAGCUACAACUUCUCAAAUCGUUCUAAGUAAAGCUUUCUGUAACGGCAUUCCCUGCCCUUCAAACGAGGUGACCAUUAGAGCAAACGAAAUUGAAGAAUUGAAGUUAAUCGACAAGCAUUUGAGCUCACCUCAACAGAGAAGUACAAUAACGAUCGCAAAACCGAUCGCGAAACGCGCUGGGCGAACUCAGAGCACCUCAGAUGUUACGAAUUCAACAUCUAAGCAUACAAAUUUAAAUGGAUCUCACAGCAAAUCAAAACCCAUUGAUAUUGAACCCAAAAACACAAAUUAUAGUUUUAAUGAAUCCAGUUCAUUUAAAAAUGGAACCCCAAUCAGACGAGAAAAGUCAAAAGGGAAAUGGUCUAAAGGUUGGAAAGAUGAAGAGUGUUUUGGCUCACCUUUGGACCACAAAAUCAAUAAAGAUUUCGAUUUUGAAAAAAAUUUGGCGCUUUUUGAUAAACAAGCCAUUUGGGAAGAGAUUAACAAUUCCCAAAAGCCGGAUGUUAUUAAAAAUGCCGACAGCAAGAAACCGUCGAAAUACAGGCAUGAUGAGAACGUUAUUGCAACCACCCCUGCAUCAUAUAGGCAGAUAAUAGUGCCUAAACAAGACUUCUGUGAGUAUGUAACAGACGAUGGGCUGAUUAUACCAAGCAUUUCAAGAUCUUUGCGAAAGAAAUUGUGGGAAGUUGCUGAUAAAGUGGGGCUCACAUGGGAUAAGAGAGUGGAGCUGUUUGGGAGGGCAGCUGCUGAAAUUUCUAUUCAGUUAUUAGGGGGCGGGCAUAGAUUGAAUCCUCAUAAUUCGCACCAGUUUCCCACUGUUGUUGUGUUGUGUGGGCCUCACAAACAAGGGGCGAUGGGUAUUAAUGCUGCCCGACAAUUGGCCAGUCAUGGUGUCCACACGAUCGUCUAUGUAGUCUCCUCGGAGGUCGCGGUAAUAAAAAAAGAGCUGGCCCUGUACAUCCUCACCAAAAACCCAGUAAUCUAUUCCGUAACGAAUCUCCCGAAUUUCGCCGAUUUGAUAAUAGUUGCAUUGUGCGAAGAUACGGAAAGUCCAAAGAUUUACUCUGAUGUGUGCGAUUGGGCUAGUAGAAAUAGAGCGUCUAUUUUAGCUUUAGAUCCCCCUUCUGUCGGGAUACCUGGGAUAACCCCCAAAUUUUCCUUGCUCCCAGUUUUACCUCUCCCCCAUUCCUCCAAAAAUGGAAAGUUGUACUUGUGUAACCUGGGAUUCCCCCUUGAAAUAUUUAAUGAGGUGGGGAUCAAGUAUAAGUCGCCCUUCGGUCCCAAAUUUGUCAUACCUUUACAUCCAAAGGAUGACUAGUUACUUAUACAACAGCGAAGCUCCUUUAUUCUUUGACAUAUUUCUAUACUUGAAUGCAGAUUCGGAAAUAAUUAGGAUUUUUACAUAAAUGACACGACCAGUGUUUUUCAAGGCAAUAGGAAAUUGUUUUUUUUUCCAGAAAAUUUUCAAGACAUUCCAAUUUGUCACAAAAGAGCCAGUUGUAUAUUUUCUAACACAUCAUGUACAAUGUUGUCAAUUUUAUUGUAUACUUAAAUUUAUUCGGUUUUAUGGAGAAGUUCAUUUAAAUUGUGAUAAAAAUUUAAAUUGAUAAGUAUGUCUUUUAACGUGAUAAAAAAAAUGGUGUCAUAUUUUUUGAAUUCAAUUUUGUUUCAAUCCAUAAAUUAAUUAAAAGCUAUUAUU